AUGCCCUCUCUUCUUGUGAUCAACCCCAACUCGUCCGUUUCUGUCUCUGAAAACCUCCGUCUCACGAUUACCCCACCACCUGGCACGACCCUCAAGUUCUACACUGCGCCACCCAAUGCCCCCAAGGAGAUCAGUGGUAAAGAAACGCUGAUCCAGUCUGAAGAAGCAGCGCUUCCUGAUAUACUCGAACAACGCCUUUUGGACAAAUACGACGGUUUCCUCGUGGCAUGCUACUCGGACCAUCCGCUAGUGGCGCUGCUUGCCCAACAUACCGAUAAGCCGGUGUUGGGAAUCAUGCAAGCGACUCUCUUGUAUAGCUACGCUAAUGCUAGAGUGCGUAGACUGUUCGUGUUGACCAGCACCAGCGGGUGGUUACCGCUUUUGGACGAGGCAAUUACCAAAUUUGCUGGAUCCGGCCAGUUUCCUUUUGAGAAAUUCCAAAAAAGCCGUGCAUUGGACGUUCUGGUGCUCGACCUUAGCGAUGCCUCGGAGUUCUCCAAAAUCACCGAAAGAGUGUCUGCGUUUUUGCGCGAGUACGCUUCAGACAAUAUAGACUGUGUGCUUUUGGGGUGUGCUGGAAUGGCAGGGCUCGACAAGAAACUUCAUGCAGAAUUCCCCCACAUUGUUUUCAUUGACAGCGUAAAAGCCGGUGUUGAAUUUCUCGUUUCCCUCACCCGAUUGGGCCACUAG